AUGGGUCUAAUGGUAGGCCAAGCCGGUGGUUAUGCAAAUAUCGGGUUCACAAAGAAGGACCUAGAUAAUCACUUUCAAAGAACUCGUCUUGCAAAGCUCAGUGGUGGGGAUUCCAAUGCGACGAUUAGCUAUCUACUUGGGAAAGCUGAUGUCGACCCGAUGGCCAUGGCAAGGUACAGUGCUACUGAUGAAGGUCGGCUGGCAAAUUUAUUUUGGGCAGACAGCAUUUGUAGGUCCGAUUAUCAGUACUUUGGAGAUGUGCUUGCAUUCGAUACAACCUACUGGAAGAAUAAGUACAGAAGGCUGUUGGUAAUCUUCUCAGGUUGUAACCAUCACCGCCAAACAUGUAUAUUUGGCUUUGCCUUGGUAGAGGACGAACGGACAGCAACAUAUACGUGGUUGUUGCAAAACUUUCUAGAAGUCAUGCUGAAUAAGUCUCCCAGUGUUGUGGUCACAGACGGUGACGAAGCAAUGAAGGCAGCAAUUCAAGAAAUCUUCCCGGAUGCAACUCACCGAUUAUAUGGAUGGCACAUUCAGAAGAAUGAAAAUGAAUGGGUUCUAAAUGAAUAUGAGAAGAGGAAAAGUUGGGCAAGCACUUACUUGAGGGAUAAAUUCUGUGCUGGAUUUAGAACAACAUCAAGGUGUGAGGCGAUAAACAACUUCAUCAAGAGGUUUAUUUGCAUUCGCCAAAGUCUUCUAGAGUUGGUCCAAAAUCUUGAACAUGCUCUUAGGGACUAUAGAAACAAUGAAUUAGUUUCUCAAUUUAAGACGCUGUAUGGGGAGCCCGUUCUAACUACUGGGCUAGAAGCAUUGGAGCUUUCUGAUGCCAAUUUUUACACAAGGGAGAUUCUUAGAGAAGAGUGUGACAGGAGGCAACAUAUAUAUAACGUACUUUAUGAUCGCAAUACUGAGCAUAUGGAAUGUGAAUGUAGUCGGUGGAGUAGUGAAGGCAUUCCUUGCAGCCACAUGUUUUGUGCAAUGAAAAGGGUAGGUUUACAGAAGUUGCCAGAUAGUCUUCUUUUGAAAAGAUGGUCGAAGGAUGCCAAGAAGUAUCUGGAUGAAAGUUCCCAAGGAUGCACUACGCAAGACAGAGAAAGAAUUUUUAAUGCGCUAUGGCGCAUUGUCAGUGGUAGCUACGUGGAUGGUAUUCUUAGGAGCUUAAGAUGGUCCUUCUUUCCAUGA